AUGGAGCAUGGCGCAGGCGAGAACCACCAGUGCAAUCCUUGCGCCACCAUUUCCAUAAUGUGCGGUUUCCACAUAAGUCGUUGGUUCAUCAUCACGCCUAGGUAUCGCGUCUGUCAGCACCAGGACACGGGCUCCUGGGAUAGUGUCAGAAAAGCCGUCAAUGACAAAUGGAAACACAUUCGAGAAGCUUUUGCAACUUACCUGAAAAAAAGUGGCAAUAAAAUAAUCAAGAAAUACAUAUACUUUGAUCAACUUCAAUUUUUAUUGAAGAUUUUAGAUAAAGAUGUUUCUGAAUCGACAUUUUUUAUAUCCGUAACACCUGCAGUAAAAAACUUUACAGAAGAUGAAAAACUAGAGUUUCGCAUGGGAGUGCUGACAUUAAUUAAACAAAUUAAAGAAAAAAGAUACGAGCGAGAAGUCAGACCUCCAUCGAUGAGCUCUUAUCAUCAAGCAUGUGUGUUUUCGUGGAGAUAA